UGACUAACAGCGCUGAAAACAACACACGAGAAUAGCAUGGCUUCUGAUGGAAACUGCAUGUAACACUUACCAGGUGGCUUUCUCUCUGAGACUGAUAGACUCUUCUUCCCAGGAGACACAUCUGAGCCUUGGCUCCUUUCCAUUUAUAUAUCUUGUCUUUUAGAUUCCACGUCGACACCUCACAAAUGAGAAACAUAAUGAGAUGCUGGUAGCAACCACCCGCCAGUGCGAAGAUUAUGAAAGGUGUGAGAGCAUGGAGCUCGAUGACAAAAUCCGGGAUCUGAUAGCAGGUACUCCAGAGGCCACAUCCAGCCACAUAAAUGUCCGUUCCCCAAAGACUCUCAGAAAAACAGCUUGCUGGUCUUCCCAGGACACGGCUACAUUGAGUGCUGCAGGAAUUAACAUGGAACAUGAGGAGGGUGUUCCAUCCAGAAGAAAGGACUUGACAAAUUCUCUUGAACAAAAGAUAAAGCGCUUGGAAAAACAGAGGCAGGAGCUCCUGGAAGUCAAUCAACAAUGGGACCAACAAUUCCGAAAUAUGAAAGAGCUAUAUGAAAGGAAGGUCCUGGAGCUGAAAACGAAACUGGCGGCCACAGAAGAUAUCCACACCCUAGAGAAGGAACAGAAACAAAGCGUGACAGAGGGCGACAGGCAGCUAGAGAAGGAAAAGGAAAGCCUAUGGGAAGAAUUGCAAGCGCUGCAGAAGGAGAAUAAGCUGCUGAAGGAGAGCAAUGCUCUCGCAAAUAGGAAGAAAGAACAUUAUGCGUGUGAAAUCAAACGACUCAAUAAGGCUCUUCAGGAUGCCUUGACAAUUGGGAGCUCUUCCCUUUUGGAGGGCUCAAAGAAGUAUAAAGGCAGGUGCAGCCAUGCAGAGAUGAGAACAAAGGUGGAAAGCCACAAGCAGCAGCCAGAUUAUCAGUGGAAUGCUCUUAACCAGCUUCCUCCACAUGUGCAGUACAAGGCACAUGGAGAUAACACGUUAAUGCUGCAUAAACUUCCAUGAGUGCAGAUGGAUAUCCAACGGCAGGCAAGUCUCUCCUUACUUUUAUGCCUUGUCUUGAAGUAAAGAAGAAAAGAAGGAGUAAAUAGAUUCAUGGAUGUAUCUGUUGGUGAAAAGAGGAGGAAGAGUCACAUUGCAGUCCUCAAGUACUUUCUGUAUUUGAGUCGUGGCUAGAGUGUAUAUAUGGCCUCCUCCUUCAAGAACAUCCACACCCAGCAUUGAAAACUCUAGCACAGAGUUGACUGGAUGUAAAUUUGCCUUUAGUUUGUGAAAGACACUCUGUAUUUAGCACAACUUAUUAAUCACUCACAGUUUCUCACAGGGGUGAGGUGCUUGAAGUUUCCCUUCUUUCCUUUCUUUUUUCCCCCUGAAAAUCAAAACUCCUUUCCCCUGUUUUGAUGGAUACACAAUUAAAUUUAAGUUUCCAAUAA